GUGACCGAACCUAACAUACUGCCCCUGAUUUCCGACUCGUGAACACAUCUGAUAAACCCCUCUAACGUAUUAGCAACUAACUGGCCAAUCACAUACGAGGUUCCCGUUUGGCCCACCACUGCAUACGGGACAGGCCUCACUACUUGUGGCUUCUCGCCACGUGGGCUUCGGUGAUGGCAAUCUCGGGACUCUGAGAUGACGGUGGGUCCGAAUAUUGAAGAUCGCCCGGGUUUGGCCAGGAAUGAUUAUGUUAUAGCCGGAUCAGUCAGUGGGUUCGUUUCCAGAGCCAUUGUUCAGCCCCUGGAUGUUCUGAAAAUUCGGUUCCAAGUACAUGCCGCUUUUCAUCUUAUUAGUCCAGUUACAAUCAGAGCCCAUACGUGUGUCGAAUACAAGCAAAUAUCAUGGAUUCGUUCAGGCGAUCCGUUGCAUCAACAAGGAAGAGGGGGUGGUUGCAUUUUGGAAAGGCCAUAUCCCUGCGCAGUUGCAGGCAGUUACUUUCACAGCCCUGCAAUUCUCCACUUUUGAGGUUCUUGUUGCCCAUUUCGGACGGAAAACCGUAUCAAAUUCAACGCAUGACAAGCGCAUAGCCUUGAGGUCUCCGAAUACAAUUGGGACUUUCAUCUGUGGUAGUCUCGCUGGGUCUUUCGCAGCUAUUGCGACCCAACCUCUUGACGUAUUGAGAACCCGUUUCAUCGCUCAGGGAGAACCAAAACUAUAUAGAAACAUUUAUCACGCAGCUAAGCAUAUCGCGACACAUGAAGGCCUGCCAGGUUAUUUUCGCGGUUUGCUUCCGUCCCUGCUUCUGGUCACCCCACAAACCGGUCUGCAAUUUGCCAUUUACCACGCCUGCAACCAACUAGUUGGGGUUAUACGAUUACAAUGGCUGGAAUUCAGAGAUUCUUCGAAGCAAGGCCAUUCCACAUCGAAAUCUCAGCGAUAUGGAGCUGAUUCUUUCCCAGUUUCCUCAAUUCAAAGUAUCAUCUCAGGUGGUUUGGCUGGGAUGGGCGCCAAGUGUAUCAUCUAUCCCAUGGACAUGGUUAAGAAAAGAAUGCAGAUUCACGGUUUCGAAGAAGCGCGCAUACGAUUUGGUCGUUUGCCUGCCACGAGCAACAUUCGCGACUGUUUAAUCAACAUUUGGACCACGGAGGGAGCUUCUGGUCUUUUUAAAGGCCUUCGUCCUACUUUGCUCAAGUCCUGUCUGUCCAUAUCGUGUCGGUUCACAGUCUACGAACAAUUCUGUCGGGUGUUGUACCACAUUCGAACUGCUGACGCGUCUGCUAGACGAACUUUUUAACCUCUUGCCACCCAUCAGAUUUCAUUCUGGCCAGCUGUUAUUUUGUGUUCCGAACUGCGCCAUGUAUCCUCCUAUCCGACAGAAACCGUUUCUACUACCCAUCCUUUUAUUGGCAGGGAGCUCAUUUUGCCGGCUAAUCACUCAUCUAGCAUUUACCUAUUCUAAUGCUUCCGUGAUAACGUACCACUCCUGUCAGCAGUGAUGUAAACCAAUAAGACCGGAAAUUUUUAUCCUCUUUCUCAGAUGGUUAUCACCUGCCCUUAUUUGUACUUCCCGGUAGUUUUUUUAAACCAAACUCUUGGAAACCCCACCAAGAAGGUUUUUCACGGCUCGCGACUUCACUAUUCAUUGUAUCUUUGCUGCUACUGACAGUUGGAUAACAGAUUCUGGACAUAUUGUUUCUUCACUUGUGUGCAGUUUGGGGGUCGGGAGAGCAAACAACAAGGGCGUUUCGUUCACGUGUUUUCUUCGUUUCCCAUAGCUACAAACAGUGUUACAAGUGCACGUGCUUCAACCAUCUGCUGUAUUUUUUAUGAGAAGCUGGUCCUACUUUAGCUGUUUUUUUCAAAGACCUUUGCUAGCGAUAAGAUUUGUGGGAAACUGCUGAAUCACCAAACAUCAGUUCAGC